GUUAGGAGGCGGGCAGUGUCCCUGUAGCAGCAGUUCGUUUAGAGCUUCACCGGCUCUCCGCGUUCUCGGUUUGUUUUUCUGUGAGAUAGGCAGUGCUCGCCCGGUGCCCCUGCAGCCUCCGCAGGUGACCACGGCGGCGGCGGCUUCGCGCCUGCUGUGCCGCGCCACACUGCUUCGAGCGGGAGAAGGGACGGGUGGGAGGCUGAAGGGACCUUGUCUUUGUACCAGCUGACGCUAUCUGGUCCACCCGGUUUCAGUCGUUGUUUCCAAGGGCGUCUGAGGAGAGGGUCGGCGGGAAGGCGAGGCGGAGUCCGCUGCACUCGAGUCAGACCACAGCAGUCUACAUGAACUAAGCUGAUUUUAUCAACACCUCCUCCCCAUCAAGUUUUGCAGUACAUCUGGAGUGCCUGGAGAAGUUUAUAGAUUUCUUCGAGUGAAGGGACAUGUCCUUGUUUAAAGCUCGUGACUGGUGGUCCACUCUUCUGGGAGAAAAGGAAGAAUUUGAUCAGGGCUGUCUGUGUUUGGCCGAUGUUGACAACAGUGGAAGUGGGCAAGACAAGAUUAUUGUGGGCAGUUUUAUGGGCUACCUUAGAAUCUUCAACCCCCAUCCUGUGAAAACGGGAGAUGGAGCUCAGGCUGAAGAUCUGCUUUUAGAAGUGCAUCUGCGAGACCCGAUUCUUCAGGUGGAAGUAGGAAAGUUUGUGUCAGGUACUGAACUGCUUCAUUUGGCUGUGUUGCAUUCUAGAAAACUUUGUGUCUACUUUGUCUCAGGAACCUUGGGUAAUGUGGAACAUGGGAACCAGUACCAGAUCAGACUGAUGUACGAACAUCAUCUUCAGAGAACAGCCUGCAAUAUGACCUGUGGGCCGUUUGGUGGUGUGAAAGGUCGAGAUUUAAUCUGUAUCCAGUCCAUGGAUGGGAUGCUGAUGGUGUUUGAGCAGGAGAGCUAUGCUUUUGGGCGAUUUCUCCCUGGUUCUCUUCUGCCUGGCCCUCUUGCUUAUAGUUCCCGAACAGAUUCCUUCAUUACUGUCUCUUCCUGCCGGCAAGUGGAAAGUUACAAGUACCAAGUACUUGUUUUUGCAACAGAUGCAGAUAAAAGGGAGGAAACUGAGCAGCAGAAACUUGGUUCUGGAAAAAGACUGGUUGUGGAUUGGACCCUAAAUAUUGGAGAACAGGCCCUUGAUAUAUGUAUUGUGUCUUUUAAUCAGUCAACAUCUUCUGUUUUUGUUCUUGGUGAAAGAAAUUUUUUUUGUCUGAAGGAUAAUGGACAAAUUCGAUUCAUGAAGAAGCUUGAUUGUAGCCCAAGUUGUUUUCUUCCAUAUUGCUCAGUUUCUGAGGGAACAAUAAAUACUUUGAUUGGAAACCAUAACAGCAUGUUGCACAUUUAUCAGGAUGUGACACUGAAGUGGGCCACUCAGCUCCCCCACAUUCCUGUGGCAGUGAAAGUGGGUUCUUUGCACUAUAGUUCUUCCUAUCCAAAAGGAAGCGACUUAAAGGGAGUGAUAGUGACCCUCAGUGACGACGGCCACUUGCAGUGCUCCUACCUGGGGACGGAUCCUUCCCUGUUCCAGGCUCCAAAAGUCGAAUCUAGAGAACUAAACUACAAAGAACUUGAUGCAGAGCUGAAAGAACUUCAGAAAAUCAUUAAAGAUGUUAAGUCACAAGGUGUUUGGCCGAUGACUGAGAGAGAAGAUGACUUAAGAGUUUUUGCCACGGUUUCUCCGAACUUUGAUUCAGUGUCUCAAGCCACUGAUGCUGACAUUGGAACUGACCUCGUCCCUUCCAUCACAGUGAAGGUUGUACUGCAGAGCCGACUGGCUCUGCAGAAAGUCAAAUUGUCAGUCUAUGUGCAGCCACCACUAGCACUGACUUGUGAUCACUUCAGCUUUGACUUCAUGGCACCGGAGACAACUAGAGAGGUAGCCUUUUCGGUUUAUUUGAAGAGAAGUUAUACACCAUCCGAACUGGAAGGAAAUGCUGUUGUUUCUUACUUCAAACCCACAGAUCGAAAUCCUGAUGGCAUUCCUCGAGUUAUCCAGUGUAAAUUUAGACUCCCCCUGAAGCUAAUCUGCCUACCAGGUCAGCCUUCAAAAUCUGCAAGCCACAAACUAACCAUUGAUACCAACAAAUCUCCAGUCAGCCUUCUCAGUCUCUUCCCAGGCUUUUCUAGCCAGCCAGAUGAUGACCAGGUGAAUGUGAUGGGCUUCUGCUUCCUGGGAGGCUCUAGAGUUACUCUUCUGGCUUCCAAAACCUCUCAACGAUACCGUAUUCAGAGUGAACAAUUUGAAGAUCUUUGGCUCAUAAUAAAUGAGCUUAUUCUUCGCCUUCAUGAAUAUUUUGAAAAACAGGGAAUCAAAGAUUUUUCGUGUUCUUUUUCUGGAUCUAUGCCCCUUCAGGAAUAUUUUGAGUUGAUUGAUCAUCAUUUUGAGCUGCGGAUAAAUGGCGAAAAACUAGAAGAGCUGUUGUCUGAAAGAGCUGUACAAUUCCGAGCCAUCCAACGUCGGCUAUUGACGAGGUUCAAAGAUAAAACACCUGCCCCGCUCCAACAUCUGGACACUUUGCUGGAUGGCACUUACAAGCAGGUAAUCGCUCUGGCAGAAGCAGUGGAGGAAAACCAAGCCAAUCUGUUCCAGGCAUUCGCCAGGCUGAAAAGUGCCACCCAUUUGGUGAUCCUGCUGAUUGGGCUGUGGCAGAAGCUCAGUGCUGACCAGGUCGCUAUUCUGGAAGCAGCAUUUCUGCCACUGCAGGAGGAUGCGCAGGAGUUGGGUUGGGAAGAGACUGUGGAUGCUGCUGUGUCCCACCUAUUAAAGACUUGCCUGUCAAAGAGUUCCAAGGAGCGGGCUUUGAACCUCAGCAGCCACCUGGAUAUGCCCAAAGACACAAGCCGGCUCAAGAAACACAUCACCCUGCUGUGCGACAGACUCGCCAAAGGAGGCCGUCUCUGCCUCAGUGCCGAUUCGGCCGCCCCGCAGACCAUCAUCAUGCCAGGACCCGGAAGGACCCGUGCCCUCCCCUUGACCUCAGGUCGCCUUGGCCCCGCAGGUGGCUGUACUCCGAUCCCAGAGUCAGACCUGGAGGAGAGAUCGGCAGAACAAGACUCCACAGAACCAUUUACCAACCACAGACUCCUCAUGGCAGAGCCCCCUACGCCUGAAGAUUCUGCCUUCCAAGGGCUUUUGGAAUAGUAGAUAGAGCCAUCUGGUGGAGAGGAAGCUGCCUUCCCCAGGCUGAGCCUCGUGGACCCCGUGUGGCAGGUGUGGGUUGACGGUGCUAUGCAGGGCUCACCAUGGGAUGACGCUCUGUGAAGAUGGGGACCCGACCUCCGCUCUGCUGAGGACCUGGAGCACCACGGCUGAGGUCAGCUGAGAGCCUAGAGUUGUCUCUGCUCUUGGUCAUCUGUGUGCAUAGAGUCACGAUAGCAAGCGGACAUAGUUAGGGGCAGAUUGUAAUACAAAGACCUAGAUCCAAAAUAAUUUGACAUUUUAUUUUUUCACAGGAUUCUUAUACAGUAAAUGUACCAAUUUUAUUAAAGCAUCUGACUCUCAAUCUUGCAGUGGACCUAUAAUCUGAGGUUCUAUAGGCGUUUUCUCUACUUCGUUGUUUGAAAGGAAUUGAAAAGUUUGCUACACUGUGGUUAGAGUGAAUGUUGAACUCAAGUGUGAACCAGGCUGACCUCAAAGGUGUAUGGAUUACAGGCAUGUGCCACCACGCCCAUUUUAAAUAAAAUAACUGCAAUGGAGCUUUCAUCUGCUUUGCUGUAUUAGACUAAAAAAUGAAAACUGAUGUUUUCUAAUAUUAGAUAAAAAUUUAAAAUAUUUGUCUCCUCUUUUAUUAUGUAAUGGGUAUACCUUUUAAAAAUUCAGAUUAUAAAAAAACUCAUACCUUAUUACAGUUAAAAUUUAAGAUUUUAUAUGUAAGAAAUAAAACUGAUUUUUUUUCUAUUUCAAAGAAGAA